UCUUUGGAUGGUAGGCACGCAUUCCGUUCCUUACGAUCCAGUCUUUCCCACAUUCCCUCUCUCCUCUCGUUAUUACCAUAUAUUUUACCCCAAACAGACAGUACUCAAAACCUUCCAGAGAGAGACAUGUAUGUAGAGAGAGAAACAGAAACGAAAAAUGAUUGGUAAAGCCGUGCUGGGUCUGGUCUUCUUAAUUAUCCUCUUCCUCACCUACUCCAUUUUCAUCGGAACCGUCGAUGUCAGACCAUACUUCUUCACUCCUUUACUGUCUCAGCCCAGUGAAACUACACCCUGCCCCACACGAUCUCCUCUCAGAGUCUACAUGUAUGAUCUCCCUCGCCGGUUCAACGUCGGCAUGCUCAAGCGACGGAGCUCCGACGAGACUCCGGUGACGGCCAAGACUUUGCCUCUGUGGCCCACGAAUACGGGGCUGAAGAAGCAGCACAGUGUGGAGUACUGGAUGAUGGCCUCGCUUCUGUACGAAGGAGGGGGGAGCGGAGACGAGACACCAGAGGCGGUUAGGGUUUCGGAUCCGGAUUCGGCCGACGCGUUCUUCGUGCCGUUCUUCUCGUCGCUGAGUUUCAAUACAUACGGGCACCACAUGACGGAUCCGGAAACGGAGUUUGACCGGCAAUUGCAGGUUGACGUGCUUCAAUUUUUGAGGCAAUCCAAUUACUGGCAGAGGUCUGCUGGUCGAGACCAUGUAAUUCCCAUGCAUCAUCCGAAUGCUUUCAGAUUUCUUAGAGAACAGGUGAAUGCAUCUAUUCUUAUUGUUGCAGAUUUUGGCCGCUACCCUAGGAUCAUGUCAAAUUUGAGCAAAGAUGUGGUGGCCCCAUAUGUACAUGUUGUGGAUUCAUUCACAGAUGAUGACCCUCCAGACCCUUUCGAGUCUCGUACUACACUUCUUUUCUUCCGUGGAAGGACAGUGAGGAAAGAUGAGGGAAUUGUCCGUGCUAAACUGGUAAAGAUAUUAGAUGGUUAUGAGGAUGUCCAUUAUGAACAGAGCGUUGCAACAGCAGAAAGCAUUAAACUGUCGUCGCAAGGGAUGCGUUCAUCGAAGUUCUGUCUACAUCCUGCAGGAGACACUCCGUCAUCUUGCCGGCUGUUUGAUGCUAUUGUGAGCCAUUGUGUUCCUGUCAUUGUGAGUGACCAAAUUGAGCUACCCUAUGAGGAUGAAAUAGACUACAACCAGUUCGCAAUUUUCUUUUCUGUGAAAGAGGCACUGGUGCCAGGUUACAUGGUUACCCAGCUUCGACAAAUUUCAAAAGAGAGAUGGUUGGAGAUGUGGAGGCGGCUCAAGAACAUCUCCCAUCACUAUGAAUACCAGUAUCCUCCAAAGGAGGAAGACGCUGUCAAUAUGUUAUGGAAACAGGUAAGGAACAAGCUUCCUGCCGCCAAACUUGCUGUACAUAGAAACCAGAGGUUGAAAGUGCCAGAUUGGUGGCGCCGAAGGAGGUAGUUCCCGGAGACUGCUUUUACAAUACUGUACAUUCACAAUCAUCCAUAGUGAUAAUAUUUUUAAGGGGAAUAAAUAUAUCAGAUGUAGUUACAACCCCUUUUGAGCCACGGAAAUUUGCGGAAUGAGUAGCAUUUGAGUAGUCAUUUUUUUUCUCAAGUUUUUGGUUGAGUGAAAAAUUCUUUCUGGAAUACCCAAAAGAUGCAUCUCGUCCAUGUAACGGCUGAUGUUUUUUACUUUUAACUUUACAACAUUGAGUUCUGUUGAUAUAAACCUGCAAAUGGAGGCUGCAUGCAAUCAUAUUACAGCAAUGAGUUGAUUAUAA